CACUUUUGUCUCUUACCUAUCAUUCGCUUGCCUUGCAAACAUGGUCCUCUUCUUCACGUCAACAGCGGUGAAGCCUCCCGCGACGAUCUACAUGGGCAAGGAUAAGGUCGAAAACGAGGACCUGAUCAAAUAUGCGUGGCCACAGGACGUCUGGUUCCACGUCGACAAGCUCUCGUCUGCCCACGUCUACCUUCGCAUGCCGGACGGUAUGACCUGGGAGACCAUACCGAAUGCUCUCCUCACGGAUUGUGCUCAGCUCGUCAAGGCGAACUCCAUCGAAGGGAACAAGAAGGACAACUUGACGAUCAUAUACACCCCGGGUGAUAACCUCAAGAAAACGGGGGAUAUGGCUACAGGCCAGGUGUCCUUCCACAAUGACAAACGCGUGAAGAAAGUUCACGUUCCCAAGCGCGAGAACCCUAUCGUCAACCGACUCAACAAGACCAAGGUCGAGAAGGAAGUCGACCACGAGAACGAGCGUAUCGAGCGAAUCAAGAAGGAGAACGCGGAGAAGCGCGUCAUUGCAGCUCAAAAGAAAAAGGUCGAUGCAGAUCUGGCGAAGCAGCGAGAGGCAGAGAAGGCAGCGCGGUCCUACGAUUCACUGUUUAAUGGCGAAGAGGAUGAGGACGUGCCGAAGCUGAUGGGGAAGGCGAUUGAGGAGGACUUCAUGUAAUGUCCACUUAUUGCACUACCUCUGACGAUGCCUGCUUCGUCCCUUAUAUCGAUCUGCCUCCCCGACUGUUUUCUAGCUUGACACACAGCGC